GUUCCUCUGUCUCCUUGUUUCCUUGACCCACAUAGAAAACCGACGGCAGGCCUUCGUUCAAUUGCUGUCAUUUCACGCUUUCUCUUAGUACCACGCCACGGCCAACAACUAAAAAGUGCUCGACGCACUUUCUUUCCAAAGCUUUCUUGUCCAUUCUUUCUCUCACACGCCCUCAACCGCUCCAUUCCACUUGCAACUUUCCGCCGGGUGCGUUUAAACUAACCACCAAGGCGCCGACGCAUACCUACUAGACACAUCCCCACAUGUCCAACAAACGAGCCUCCUCCCAGAGGUCCUUUCGACUCUCUAACCAAGGCUUUCAGCCUCUCGCUGGUGGCAACAUGGACAACCAGACGAACAACAUACCCCUCCAGACUGUCGUCAGUCACACGCCCACGCAGGGCUCACCCAUAGACCAGAAUGAGAAGAUGGAAAAGUCACACAUGUUCUCGAGGGGCCGCAGGAAGCUGGCUGUUGUAGACUCCAGGACGGGCGCGCCGCUACCUCCCCGCGACAACGAAGAAAAGACGGCCCUCAACCGCAUGGGCAGGAUCUACAACAAGAUCCUGAACUGGAGCAUUGUCACGCGCUACAUGAUCUACGUUGCUCCUGUUGCGCUUCUGCUGGCUAUUCCCAUCAUUCUCUCCCAGACUGGCACCAUCACUGGCUCGAUUGGCGAUACAAACCAGAAGAUGUUCUGGAUCUGGAUCGAGAUCAUCUGGCUUAGUUUCUGGACCAUGAAGAUUGUGGCACACUUCCUCCCCAGGAUUUUCGAGUUUCUCAUUGGUGUCGUCAGCCCUGGUGUCAAAAAGUACGCUCUUCUGCUGCAAGCCGUAGAGAAGCCGCUUUCUUUUGUGCUCUGGAUGAUUGUCAACCAAGCUACCUUCCCUGCUCUUGUCAGACCUAUCCCCGAAAGAACUGGUCCGAAAACCCCAACAUGGCUCAACACAAUGCAGUCUGUCCUGCUCGCUCUCCUCGUCUGCACAAUCAUCAUCCUCGCCGAACGCGUCCUGAUCCAGCUCAUCAGUAUCAGCUAUCACCGCAAGCAGUUUGACGACAAGAUUAAAGAGUCAAAGCGCAACAUCUACCUACUGGGUGUCCUUUACGACACUUCACGAGCCCUAUUCCCCGCCUACUGCAACGAAUUCUCCGAAGAAGACUACAUCAUCCAGGAUACAAUUCUCGAUCUCGGUUUUGGUAGCAAAAAGGGAACGGCAAAGCAUGGUCGCUCAGGCAGCCGUACCCCUAUGCGUCUCAUCCAGGAGGUUGGUCGAGAUGCUGGUCGUAUCGGUGAUAAGAUCACGUCCGUUUUUGGCACCAUUGCUUCCGAAAUCACCGGCAAGAAAGUCUUCGACCCCAACUCCGCCCAUUCCGUCGUCAUCACUGCCUUGGAGAGGAACAAGAGUGCUGAGGCUCUUGCCAAGCGUAUCUGGAUGUCCUUCGUUGUAGAAGGCCGGAAUGAGCUUUACCUAGAAGAUCUUGUUGAAGUCAUGGGUCCCGGCCGCCAAGAAGAAGCCGAAGAAUGCUUUGCUGCCAUUGAUCGAGACGGAAACGGCGACAUCAGUCUGGAGGAGAUGAUUAUCACUGUGACUGAUUACGCCAGACAGCGCAAGUCGAUCAACUCUAGUAUGCAUGAUGUGGACCAAGCUAUCAACGCUCUGGACGGCCUUAUCAUGACCAUUGCUGUCAUCGUCUGCAUCUUCGUCUUCGUUGCUUUCCUUGCUCCCGAGUUCCGCGCCACCUUGGCUACGUCCGCUACCGCUCUCCCUAUCGCUCUCCUUUUGUGUUCGCGACGACCGCACAAGAAGUCCUCGGUUCUUGCAUUUUCCUUUUCGUCAAGCAUCCAUACGAUAUCGGCGAUCGCAUCGACAUCGCCUCGGAUUCGCUUACUGUCGAACACAUUGCUCUUCUGUACACUGUUUUUCAAGCGUGUUACCAACGGCAAAACAGUACAGAUUCCCAACAUUGUACUCAACUCUCUCUGGGUAGAGAACGUCACACGAAGCAAAGCUAUGCGUGAGCAAGUAUCCGUCUUCUGCGAUUUUGGAACGUCCUUCGAGGACGUCAACCUGCUCAAGCAGGAGAUGCUCGCCUUCGUCCGCGAUCCUAUCAACAGCCGUGAAUUCCAUCCUGACAUCGACAUCGAGGUGUUCAGUAUUGCAGAGAUGAACAAGCUGGAACUCCACGUUGAGAUUAGACACAAGAGCAACUGGUCCAACGAAUCUCUCCGCGCGUCUCGACGAUCCAAGUUCAUGUGUGCGCUCGUUCUUGCAUUGCGCAAGGUCCCGAUCAACGGUCCCGCCGGUGGAGAUGCUAUUCUGGGUUCGCAAGAUAAGCCUACUUGGUCGGUUGCGGUCCCGCCGGCUGAUGCCCUUGCUGCGUACCAGAGCUACCAGGAGAAGACUGACGCCAGUCGUCUGAACCCGCUCAACAAGUCUAACCAAGAUAAUACCGGCAAGUCUACCGGCACCGACUACCUCGGUAUUGGCGAAGACAACGCUAUUAGCGCACUCAACAACCGCAAGCCAGGCUUGGACACGAUUCGUGACGACACGUGGGAUGCGCGUGGCGAUGAUCGCAGCACCAUUGGCAGACCCAGCACAGAUCAAAGGCCAGACCUCGACGAAGUGCGUGGUUUGUUGCGCAAGGCCAGUUCUGUCGGAAAGCGAAAGGGUGGCUCCACGUUAUCGCCUUUUGGCUCCCGCAUUUCGGUCGAUACUCCUCGCCAGAACCCGCCGCCACCUCUCCCACUUCACGUAGUACCGUCCAGUAGCAAUUCAUACGCUUCACCGCCUCUGCAACCACCCCGCAGCACCGCACCCGGAUCUCCCAAUUCCAUAUCCACCGGUCAAGUCGAAGAGUACUCGUACCAGACCAUGGUCCCACCUCCUCGAUCACGCAGCCGCCCCCGAGCAACAGAGGCAGAAGAGGACGAGGGCGAGAGACAUUGGGGUCAACCGAACAACAACCCCUACAAGCGAGAGUAG